GCCUUCCAUAUUUGCAGGCUAGUACACACUCCAACUGCCAACUGCAGCUUGGCCUGGAAAUCGGUUCGUCGAGGUGGUGCGUCCUCCGCCGGGUUUGAUGAUGAUAGGCGGGCUUGCCGCUCAACUCGCGGAGUCGAAACGAUAAGCAACACCUCCCCCAGGGAAAGGAAAUACAAGUAAACGAUGGAGCCUCGUUCCUUUGCGCUCCUUUUCUUUGCGGUUUUGUCGCUCAUUCUCCAGCUUCGGGAUCGCAAUGGGCGACUCGUUCAAACAAGUGUCUUACCCCUCCAUGGCCGGUCUGGAGGUCGUCCAACCAGGCCUGGAACCGGUCUACUUGCAGCAACUGCAACAUGUCAAGUACGCCGGCGAGAAACUCAACGAAUCCGCAGUUGCGGGUUCAAGGAUUUGUGGCCUGCGGAAAGUGACAUUCUGGCUCGUCAUUGCCGUGGUGGCAUUGUCUGCCAUUGUGAUUGGGGUUGGCGUCGGCUUCGGGAUGGGAAUGAACAGGUCUAGCGGUGGUGCUUCGCGGGACGUCCCCCCAGCCAUCUCCACCGCCGCUACCAGCCCUUUUGCGUCAUCAGUGCCGGGCAGCCCCAUCCCAUCGUCACCGGCGACACCGACCGCCUCCUCCAGCUCCAGCUCGGCAACCACCUCGACCCCCGCCUCCUCCUCCGCCCCUUCCUCAGAAAACACCCCAACCGUGUCCUCGAUCUGCCCCGGCGCCAACAACACAAUCAUCCGGCCGAACCUGGGGACGGUGCGGUACCGCGUCCGGUGCGACUCGGACUUCUCCGGCAGCGGCAAGAAGACGCUCUCGUCGGUCGUGCUGCCCUCCUUCGACGCCUGCCUGGCCAUGUGCAACACGAUGAACUACUUCCAGGGCCGCGCCGACGUCGGCGCCACCUACAACGUCGAGGGCACCGGCCAGCAGACGCCCGGCACCUGCUGGUGUCUCGGCGGGCCGGACAAGGAGGUCGUCGAGAACGUCGGUAAUGAUGCUGCUGUCCCGCUGUGAAGAGAGAGAGAGGAGAAGGAUGGGUAAACUUAGCGCCCUGGUUUGGUCCCACACAUGAUGAGGGUCCUGCCGGUUGCGUAAUCGGUGUUGGGAUGGCCACCCCGAUGCCGUGGAGCGCCAAACCCCCGGACCUCGGGAAG